UUACAUGACGUGGUGGCGGUGGUUGGACGGUAACUGAUACGGGUUACCGGUGUUGUGCUUGAAUCAAAGAAACUGAACGUGAUCACCACGUAACUGACAUUUCUCAUUGUUCCCUGAGCAUCGGACCUACACGAUGUUGCAGUCGAUAUUCGACGAUGUCCGGCGAAUGAAUAAACGCCAGUUCCUGUAUCAAGUGCUGAGCUUUGGCAUGAUAGUCUCGUCGGCGCUGAUGAUAUGGAAGGGUCUGAUGGUCAUCACCGGCAGCGAGAGCCCUAUUGUGGUGGUGUUGAGUGGUAGUAUGGAGCCUGCAUUUCAUAGGGGCGACUUACUCUUCCUUACCAAUUAUGAGGAUGAACCAGUGAGAGUAGGCGAAAUUGUAGUUUUCAAAGUCGAGGGACGGGAUAUACCUAUUGUGCAUAGAGUACUUAAGCUUCACGAAAAGGGUGACCAAAAUAACACAGUCAAGUUCCUCACGAAGGGCGACAACAAUUCCGUGGACGAUAGAGGCUUGUACGCACCUGGUCAGCUGUGGCUGACGCACAAGGACGUCGUUGGCCGGGCGAGAGGCUUUCUACCGUACGUUGGCAUGGUCACUAUAUAUAUGAACGAGUACCCUAAGUUUAAGUAUGCAGUAUUGGCAUGUCUUGGUUUGUAUGUUUUGGUACACAGAGAAUAAUAAUAAAAUCGCUCAUGUUAUGUUGAAACGUUGUUGCGACGAAUCCGUCAUCAACAGCCUCAGAGAAUACAUGGUGGUUUGAACAUUGCAUAAUUAUUUAGGUAAUCAUAUAUUCAUAUGUAUGUACGUGUGUGUGUGUGUGUGUGUGUAUGUGUGUGUGUGUGUGUGUGUGUGUGUGUGUGUGUUUAUGUAUAUACAUAUAUAUAUUUAUAUAUUUAUAUAUACAUACACACACACAUAUCGCUGAGUCUUACAAUACGAAAUAUGGAAGAUUCGGGUUGAAACACAUUUCUUUGUACAUAUUUCAGCAUUAGAUUCUUAUUACGUUAUAAUAUACAUUGUCUUUGAAGUCCGAUCAUACUUGUCCGGUUACAUCGACAAUUACAAGAGUCAUUACACCAAGAACCUGUAUCCAGAUGUCGUGAAUGUAUUUAAGGAAACGCCUGCAUAUUCUUCAGACAUUUUGAACGUUCGCUUCGGACGUUGCUAUUUCUAGUUGCACAUCACGGUCAGAACUACCACAGAGAGACGAGUCUCUCACAACAUCCGCGUGGCGAGCUCAUAAAUAGUCAGGCGUGUAACUACUGAGAUAAGGACUAAGGAAUUAAUUCUUAUUGCUAACAUGUCCGCAACCACAGUGCUUUUUGAGAUAUAGAUAGACAACCGUUUUCUUUCUACUUCGAUAAAGAGAAAGUGUAUAAUUCCCGUAAUAUAUAAGAUUUACUUUCACGCAAAACUGAUGAAUGUUAUUAUAAAAUCACGAAGAUGGGGAGUUUUAUGCGAAAAAAUGGAGUGUAGUAAAUAAUCUAUUUUGCGGAAAAACCCAUGUGACACACAUGAUUUCUAUACGUCCUCUGGACAAAAAUUUGUACGUCGUUCGUUUCUAAUGAGGCACACUGUAACUACAUUUAUCUCACGUGUAAAAUAAAUGUGCAAUGUUUAAAUA